AUGUCUAUUGGAGGACAGGGCAUGAAAGUCAAGCCUUAUAAGAGAGAGGUUUUGCAGGAUCUUGUUACUUGGGAUGAGCACUCCCUCUUCGUGCGCGGCGAAAGAGUUCUCUUCUACAGCGGAGAGUACCAUCCUUUCCGCCUGCCAGUCCCCGGCCUCUGGCUCGACGUCUUCCAGAAGAUCAAAGCCCUCGGAUACAACGGCGUCUCGGCGUACUUCGACUGGGCUCUGGUCGAAGGCAAGCCAGGCGACUUCAGCGCCGAAGGAAUCUUCGCCCUCGAACCCUUCUUCGAAGCAGCCCAGACCGCAGGAAUCUACAUCCUCGCCCGCCCAGGCCCAUACAUCAACGCCGAAGUCUCAGGCGGUGGCUUCCCCGGCUGGCUCCAACGCAACCCAGCGCUCUACCGCACGCGAGAGCCUGAGUAUCUCGAAGCGACGCAGAACUACGUGAGCAGCAUCUCGAAGAUCAUCGCCAAAGCGCAGAUUACGAACGGUGGGCCUGUGGUUCUGGUGCAGCCGGAGAAUGAAUAUACUGUUGCGACUGAGGAUUAUACGUUGUUCCCUGAUUCGGAGUACUUCCAGUAUGUGGAGGAUCAGUAUCGGAAUAACAGCAUUGUGGUGCCGCUUAUUAGCAAUGAUGCUUCACCGCAGGGAUACUUUGCCCCUGGACCGCCGCAGAGGUAUGCGGCCAAAGUUGAUAUCUAUGGCCACGAUGGAUACCCUCUCGGCUUCGAUUGCGCAAACCCAUACAGUUGGCCCGACGAUGCACUUCCAACGAACUGGGGCGAUCUUCAUCAGAAUCAGAGCUCGAGUACACCAUAUUCGAUCAUUGAGUUCCAAGGUGGUGCUUUUGAUCCUUGGGGUGGGCUGGGAUUCGAGCAGUGUGCUACGCUGCUUGGACCCGAGUUCGAGAGGGUGUUCUACAAGAAUGACUUUAGCUUUGGUUUGACAAUAUUUAACAUUUAUAUGACCUAUGGCGGUACCAACUGGGGCAACCUUGGUCAUCCAGGAGGCUAUACAUCCUACGACUACGGAGCCGUCAUCACCGAAGAACGAACCGUCGAAAGAGAAAAGUACAGCGAAGCCAAGCUGAUCGCCAACUUCUUCCAAUCCUCCCCUGCCUGGCUCACCGCAAUCGCGCAGAACAACUCGAACGCCAACUCCUCAUACACUGGCAACGGCGCCAUCGCCACGACAGCUCUCUUCGGCAACGUGACAAAGUUCUUCGUCGUCCGUCACUCUGCUUACAAUAGCCUGGACACGACAGACUACCACAUCACGUUCCCUACCAGCAAAGGCAAUAUUACGGUGCCACAGCUUGGCGGAUCGCUGUCGCUGCAUGGCAGGGACUCCAAGGUCUUUGUGACGGAUUAUGAUGUCGGUGGUGCGAAUUUGCUUUACUCGACUGCUGAGAUCUUCACGUGGAAGAAGUAUGGCAACAAGCGUGUGCUUGUGGUCUAUGGCGGCCCGGGCGAGACGAACGAGCUUGCUUUCACCAGAGUCGGCAGACCGAGGACCGUGGAGGGCCGCGGUGUGAAUGUCGGAUACAAGAAUGGUGCUGCUGUUCUGCAAUUCUCUACGAGCUCGCAGAGGCGGAUCGUAGAGUUCGGUAACGACUUGGCCGUCUACAUCUUGGAUCGCAACUCCGCCUACAACUACUGGGUCAUCGAUCUCCCCAACGACUCCGUCACAAAGAACUACACCAACCAGAAACAUUUCACCUCAGCCCCGAUCAUCAAGGCCGGGUACCUACUUCGAACUGUCGAGGUUGAGAGAGACUGCUUGCAUCUUACUGGUGACUUGAACGCCACAACUCCUAUCGAAGUCAUCGGCGGCGCUCCUCAGCGUCUCCGCCAACUCACAUUCAACGGCAAAGAUCUUCGAUUCCGCCAGUCUCGCGAUGGUGUUGUCACUGCUACUGCGACUUACAACAAGCCCCAGAUCUCGGUGCCUGAUCUCAAGACGAUCGGCUGGAAGACCAUCGACAGCUUGCCAGAGAUCAGCUCGAACUAUUCUGACACUCUCUGGACGGACGCUGAUUUGACCUACACGAAUAACACCAUUCGCAAUCUAACUACUCCUACGUCUCUGUACUCGAGCGACUAUGCAUACCACACGGGCAAUCUCAUCUAUCGCGGCCACUUCACUGCUAACGGCCAGGAAUCCACCAUCUUCUUGCAGACGCAAGGUGGUAGCGCUUACGGCCAUUCCAUCUGGCUUAACGACCAAUUCGUGGACUCAUUCUACGGAGCCGACAAGUACGAAAACUGGAACGCCACCUAUACACUUCCCAAGACCACAGCCGGCAAGAAGUACGUCCUGACCGUGCUGAUCGACAACAUGGGUCUUAGCGAGAGCUACGACGUCGGUCGCAACGACAUGCAGGCUCCUCGCGGUGUGCUUGACUUCAACUUGGCGGGCCACAACAAGAGCGAUGUCAAGUGGAAGCUCACUGGUAACCUCCACGGCGAGGACUACGAGGACCGUGCGAGAGGACCGCUGAAUGAAGGCGGUCUCUACGCUGAAAGACAAGGGUACCAUUUGCCUGGUGCGCCAAUCUCGUCUUGGAAGAGCAGCAAGGGUCCUGAGGAGGGUAUUGAUAAGCCAGGCGUAGCCUUCUACGCCACAACCUUCGAUCUCAACUUCCCGCAAGGCUACGACAUCCCUCUGAGCUUCUCCUUCAGCAAUUCGAGCACAAACACCUCCGAGACGACGCCCGCGUAUCGCGUCCAGCUGUAUGUUAAUGGCUACCAGUUCGGCAAGUAUGUCUACAACAUCGGUCCGCAGGAUGUCUUCCCGGUCCCCGAGGGUAUCUGGAACUAUCAAGGAAGCAACUACGUUGGCGUUAGUCUGUGGAGUCUGGAGAAGAACGGAGGCAAAGUUGGCAGUUUGGAACUCGUCGCUGGACUACCUGUUCAAAGUGGGUAUGGAGCUGUUGUGGCGAGUCCACAGCCGAAGUGGAAGAAGAGGGAGGGCGCAUAUUAG